AUGGCGCUCGGUGAUGGAGCCGUGGAGGUGACGACUGCGAGACUUGAUGAAUUUGUCUUCUCCGAAAAGGAGCCUCUUCGCAGGUUGGAUGAAUACGAGAUUGAUUUCGACGACGCACGCGAUUUUUUCACUGGAAGAUGGCAAGAUAUAGUGACCACAGCGACCGACAGGUUGACUGUAUCAGAUCAUCAAACUGCCUCCAAAUACCAUGACUGGCAAGAUCUGGCCAGCGAGAUUGCAGUAAAGCUUGCAGAAACACCAUCUAAUUCAUUUGUCAAACGACAUAUGAUCAAAAUCCAGCCACUUCCCCAUGUUCUCACAACUUUUACCAGAAAAUUCUCCAACAUUAUGAUUCCCUCAAUAGUGGACUUUGAGUUGCUUUGGGGGCUGAUCUAUCUUAACUUGAAAUUGUCAUACGGAUUAGAAGAGACAAUCAAACGGACGACUGAUUUAUUGCACUCGAUACGGCGUCUGGUAGAACUUUUUACCAGAUGUCUGGAUGUUUGCGAUAAGCAGAGCGAAGCAGAAGCUCGUAUCGCCGCGAUAGAUUUCCUAGACCCUCUACUGUAUGCACUGACAGAUUCAAUCGAUUACCUUCAUGGACCUUCCGAAUCGAACCGGGGUUCAUGGCCUGACUUGAAGGAUAGCAUCAGUGCCCAGCUUCGAACCAUGGACUCGACAGUCAAGCAUCUCAAUGAAAUUACGAUCAAUACCAGGGUCAAUUUGGAUCUCCAGGUUAAGAACAUGAGCCAGAGAUAUGCUCUCACUGCAGAGCCUGACGAGCCUGGCACCUUCCCGAACAAAAUCCUCCCAUUUCAAUUGAAUCAGAAUUUCUAUGGACGGAAAGAUGAGCUCGAAAAGAUUUACGAACAUCUCAAGCCUAAGAACGAUAAAUCUUACCGAACCUACACGAUCUAUGGUCGUCGCGGCGUUGGAAAGACUGAAAUUGCCUUGCAGUUUGCUUAUUCGAACCCUGCAGGCUACGAUGCUGUGUUUUGGGUUCAGUGUGAGACAUCAGUGGCUAUUCGUCAAAGCUUCACAGACAUUGCGGUGGCUUUAGAACUUCCAGGUGCACAAAAAGAUGGCCAUCACGAAGAAAACUUGAUGGCGGUCAAAGAGUGGCUGAAGAGGACAAAACGGCGGUGGCUUCUGAUCUUCGACAACGCAGAGAAUGCACUGAUUCUCAAAGCGUACUGGCCCACCCAGGGGACCAGUGGUGCUAUUCUUUUGACCUCGAGGAAGUAUUAUAACUUCCAAAAUAUGGGCAGAAAAGGUGACACGGUCAAACCCUUUGACAGCAAGCAAAGUUGGGAACUCCUCCUCCAACUUCUGGGGCCAGAGUGGCAACGGCAAGAUCGCGAGAUGAAAAUCCCACAGUCCGAAAUUACUGCUGCCAAAGCUAUGCUCGCCAUGCUUGAGGGAUUAGCACUUGCUAUUCAGCAAGCAGCAAAUCUGAUCAGAGAUGACAAUAUUGGUGGUCCAACCAUUUCCAGGACAUUUGAAGUGUUCAAAGAAAGAAUCCGAACCCUCCCAGAACGAUACUCGAGUGCUCGAUCAAGUGCAGAACGAGCAUUGGACGCUCUUUGGGACAUGAAUUUCAGCUUGUUGUCAAAGAACGCAAAGGUUCUUCUGGGAGUUUUCGCAUGGUUGCCACCGGAUAAAAUUCCAGUUGAAUUGUUUCUUCCCACAGUUCAAAGCAUAUUGGAUGGCCCACUGGAAUUCUGCAAGCAAGAUGCAAAGCACAUCGAUGAAAAUAACCGGGUUGCACUUGCUGAUGUGAUCGAUCCGUCUCCCCAGCUUUUGAAAGCUAUCGAGGAGUUGCUGGAAAAAUCACUUGUCAAACGAGAUGGCCGAAAUCUGAGUGUGCAUCGAGUGGUGCAGGAGGCUACCACCUACGGAGACUUGAACGAUCUCCAGACUUCAUUCGACGCUACGACGAGACUUGUUCAUUACCGAUUUCCUAAGACAGAAAUGGACGGAUCACUGUUUUUAGAGUGGAGUAUUUGUCAAGAGUACAUUCCACACGGUGUUAAUUUGAGCAAGAGGUUCACGGAACAUACGAGGGCUGGGGCCCUCAAAGGCUCAGUAACACUCGUUGAAUUGAUGAGCAACUGCGCAUGGUAUCUCCACGAGUUGGGCGAUUACGAAGUCUCAGGGCAAGUCCUUGACACAGCAGUCUCAGCCUGCGAGAACAGAGAUUCUUUGCUUUAUGCCGAGCUUCGUAGCACGGCUGGAUCCCGUUUCUACGAUCUCAACAAACUUGGAGUUUGCCGAAAGGCUUGGGAUGAGGCAUUGGCUAUCCGCAAAUCGUUCCUCCCUCAAAACAAUCCUAGUGUUGCUGCCAUACAAAACAACCUUGGCAACGUCGAGUUGGCGACAGGAAAUCCGGAAGACGCAUUGCGCUGUUUCAACCUCGCAAUCCCCAUUUGGAAAGCUGGCGGCGAUAAAACAGCCACCCAUUUAGCACUUUCAUAUCUUUGCGUCGGACGAGUGUAUAUGUUUCAGGGCAAAUUGACUGAAGCUUUGAGAAUGACAUCUCAAUCUGAUACGCUGUUUAUGCGAACGACUGGAGGCGACAGAGGAUUCAUGGCCAACGUGCAUUAUGCAUACGGCAAUAUCCACUUCAGACAGAAAAACUGGGCAUAUGCAUUGCGCGACUAUGAAUCAUGCCUGAAGAUUGGUCUGGCAAGUAUGCCUAUUCAUCCGAUUACUGCAGCAGCAUAUUUUUCGAUCGCUGGUGUCGAGCUGCAGCAAAAGAAUAUCGAAAACGCAAAGUAA